CUGCCGUUUCUACAAGGAGCUGGAUGCCAUACUUGGGUGUGACCCCACUGCCAAUCCUAGGAGCACGAUGGAGAGUUCAGAGCAGGGAGAAGUGGGGGAGGGUGUAGAGGAAGCCGACAGUGAGGCUACUGGCGUGGAGGGAGACACCCCGGAGUCCCAGAAGGCAUGCAGCCAGGAGCUCUUCUCAAGCCAGGAGGAGGCUAGCCAGUCGCAGCAGCGGGAAGUUGCUGGUGAAGAAGAAGCAGAGGAGCGUGCUCGGGUGACCUUGACUAAUGCAGCCGGAUCACCGGCCUCACGUCGCUUGCAGAACUUGAGAAAAAAUCCGCGAAAAUCAAAAGAAGAAUUGAUCAAAGCAGUUAUGAUUCACUACAACAGAGAAAGUAGGAAGACGCAGGAAUGGAGAGAGAAAAUGUAUGAGUGGAGGCAAACAGAAAGCAGGAGAAAGGAAUUGGCUACCAAAAAAACCUCAAAGCAGAUGAUAAGCCUCCUGGCUCGCCAAACUGAGUCUUUCGAGUCUCUCGUUACCAUGCAGGCAGAUCUGUAUCGUGGUAACCCACACCCCUCCCAAAGCUCUCUUUCUUGUUCCCCAGUAUUUGCACAAAACACCUUUCUCCAGCAGCCAGUUUCUUAUUACCCCCAGCUGCCCCCAACACCUGUACGAUCACCUAACAGCCCUGAUAACUACAAUUCUUACCCUGUGCACUCCACCCCCAUUACCCUGCAGCAUAGUAAUCCUGAUGUGCAGCAGACAUUGAACAGUAAUCCAAACAGGACAUAUUCAAACCUCUGAAUGUACAGUCCACCACCCUAACCCCCCUGGCCUUUUAUGUACUGUACUUUGAAUAAAGGAUUUUAUGGCUUUUACAAUACAUUUUAUUAUUGCAGGAAGUGGUAAAUAUUGUACCCCAAGGUAGAAAGGAGCACAGCAAAGGCACCAAACAUUACUGUUGGCUCUCAGCAUCAAAUUGCUCCCUUAAGGCAUCCCUAAUCCUUGAAGCCCUUUCCUGGGCCUCUCUAGUAGCCCUGCUCUCUGGCUGU